AAAUAAAAAAUAAUCCCGGGCUAGUAAUCAUAUUGUCAAGAAAGUAGGAAUCUCAAAGCGUUCCUUUGAGGCUUGCAUAUAUUAAAAGCUUAGAGUUUUCUCUCACGCAAGACAUCGAUUUAUUGUGAAUAAAGUCGCUAUAGAAUAUGAUCCAUUCGUGUGUAGCAGUUCAGACGAAACUGCCAAAACAGUAACACGAAGACUGGAGUGAACAGAUUCAAACUCAACGCCCAGCACAGCAAUACAUUAAUACAUUAACGGUUUCUGAAAUUAAUUUCCGUCAGAUAUAUAUCCUAUACUAUAUAUCCUUAACUUUCAUGGCUGUUUUCCUUAACUUUUGAAGUAUCUUUCCUGGUUUCUCAGUUAACGUUUGAUGUUGGUUUGCACUUAAAACCUUGCGUCAUAUCAUGCUUGACGUUAGCCCGUGGGAGGUUGGAGGCAACCUGUGCGUCAUUACUGCAUUACUGUGCAGUUUCAAAGAAUUUGUCGUCAUGAUAAUUUGUUCCUACUCCGUCAAGUUUCCGAGAAAAACCGCAGGAAUUUAUUGUCAAACACGAUCUCUCAGAGCCUUUUUUGUCUCAGCAAAUACUGCACUUGAUAACUGAAUAUUUUACUUCAGUCAUUAUUUUCGAAUCCUGUGUUACUAAAAAAGACGAAAAACUAAAUUUACAUCAAAGACAAGAAGUAAUUGUCUAAAGAGUAGACAUUAAAAUUCAUCUUGAAUCUCCAACCGUCCAUAACAGCUCAUUGUUUCGGGAGACAUCAUUAUGCAAAGUCGCUGUAGUAUCGGCUUUCUCGGAAAACAGAAAGCAACUCUGUAGAAACUCCUAGAAUUUAGGAGCACCGGUCUCGAGCGUCUGUGAAAAUCGUAUCUCUUAAUGAUAGCAAUUUAGAGUGCUUCCCUAAAGACGUGAUCUGGUUUGCCCAGAACAACUGCAAAGCUGAAGUCAUCCUUCUAUUCCAUCUUUGAGACGAAUUGUCUUCGAAUACUUUGGAAGCAAGAUAUUCUGACGAAAGGAAACUUGAAAAUCGUUUCUGCGUUAAUUGUUAAUGCACUAUGGAUAUUUUCUCCCCUCCGGGAGGUUUUUUUAAACUUUUUGUAUUUCAAUAAAUGUCGUGUACAUGAAAAUUGAGUAUUCAGGAUGACUGCGGCCAAACAGCUUAAAGGUGUCAUGAAUAGGUAUUGUAAUCACCCCGAAUAGAUAGUGUCUAGUUUUUUCCGAGUAAUGGUAGACUUAAGCGGGAAUUUUCCCUCAAUCAUCAAGAUUGAUGCCAAUUACAGGAGUAAAAUCACUCAAACGAAACCAAAAAUACAAAACCAUCGUGCAAUACAUGUUUUGUUUGCGUCAUUUAAUUUUGACAGCUAUAUCCUAACUUGAUCGUGAGUACUUUGUUUGCCUAAGUUAUUCAAGAUCGAUAUGAGAAUCUUACUAUCUUCUUAACUUGAAACAUUUCACGGAAACUUCUUGGGUUCCUAGAAUCCUUACGGUCAAUAAAUUCCGGAAAACAUGAAUAUUCCCCUAGAUUUCCCAAAAUAAUAUGGCGUCAUGUCAUGGCUCACAUCAACAAUUUUUCCGUUUCUAUGCAAGCGCCUCUUCUAGCACGAGAUUCCGACCAAACUGUGACGUAGAGCUAAAUAUGUCGUAAAUGGAUAAUAUCACAUACCAGUGUACUCAGAAGUAAUUCCCAGAAAGUACCGAUACAUAUUAUUUCGACAUCCACUAUUUUAGCUUUAUUCGUCAUUCAAGUUUCCGAGAAAAUCCGCUCUGAUUUUUUUGUCAACAUUGCAAAAAUCUGUCUUAUCUUAUUUACGUAAUUGAAAAAUUACAAAUAUUUUAAAUAUAUGACUUUAUCAUUAUAAUGACGAAUUCAUCGAAAGAAUAAGCAAGUGAAAAGGGACAGUAACUGAAUUGCCUACCAGCUAACAUCAAACAAAACCUAGGUCCUUAAUCAGCAGUUAUGUAUGGUUUGACUCUAAGUUGACAGGACAGGCUCAUGCAAAUUUUACACUGUAGACACGUGCUAUGAUCUUUCUCGAAAAACGUGGAAAAUUAUUCAUCAUCGUGUAUUUCUCGAUGAUUUUUUCCUCAAUAGUCCAAAAAUCUGUCUUAUGUUUUUAACAUAAUUGAGAAAUUACAGCUGUUAAUUAAAGAUAUGACUUUAUCAUUAAAAUGACCAAUUUUAACGAAAGAAUAAGCAAGUGAAAAGGGACAGUAACUAAACUGCACCAGCUAACAUCAAGCAAAUCAUAAUUCCUUAAUCAGCAAAUAUGCAUGGAUUGACAAUCAAGUUGACAGGAAAGGCUCUUGCAAAUUUAACACUGAUCUUUCUCGGAAAUAGGGGAAAUUUAUUCUUCAUCGAGUAUUUCCUAGAACUUGGUGGGAAAUUUCCCUGUUGACUGGUUAUAAAACUCGUGUCAAUUGAAAAUCGCAAUUCGUGGUUAUCUGAAGACAAGCUAACGUCCCUAUCCUUCUCAAAAGGAAUUUGUUUUUAAAGAGCUUUAUUGCGAUCGUGAGUUCAACAAACGCACGCACGCAUCGGUGAGGUAAGCUUAUUCCGUUCCAUUUUUCAAACGAAAUUUCCACAAGACUUUUCCAUCUCUCGAGUUAAAACAGAAAAGAUAAUGCCUGGCGCAGCCUCUUCUCCUGUUUCUUCUGGAUCUUCUGUGCUAAAUGUAUCAGAGGAGAAAACGAAUGGCACGAAGCUAUUACGGCUGCUGGUUGACAGAGGAAGACACGUCCUACGCAAUUUAUUGCACUCUGUCUACCCAAUGGAUAAAUUACAAGUCGUAGUAAACAAUAAUAAGAAAAAGCUGCAACGGCUAAGGUCCGAAGAUGUAAUAUUUGAAAACCAGUGGGAAAUGUUAUUUCCUGCCUCAGGCGAUCCACCGGACUCGAAAACGUUCGACAUUACACUUUUACAUCUAUUGCUUCGUGAAAUUUGCCAUCUUACGGCGCCUUCGACGGGAUGGCACAACAUGCCUGCAGAAGAUGAUAAUAGUCUCGAAGCAAACAUAACUCGCAUCAAAUAUUUCAGAAAUGAGCUUUUUCACAGCUUCUCUACCGGAAUUCCAAACGCUGAAUUCGAGUACAAGUGGAAGGAGAUUGCAUCGUUGUUAGAGGCAAUUGAUAUUUAUGUUCUACGAAAGAGGCACGAAGUGGAAAUGGAGGCGCUGAAGAAUGAUCCCACUGGUUACGAUACAAAGCUACAUUUGGAGGAACUAGCAAAAGAAUGGAACAAAAUACAGGAACAAGAAAGGAUUCACUCGUCAAGGUUUAGCCCUCGCAGCUGUCUACCGGACAGAAUACCUGAAAAACGUGUAUUUGGCCGCAACCAAGAAAUAGAGCGUGUCAAGAAAAUGGCCGUGGGUGGAGACGUCGCUGUUGUCCUGGUUACUGGCGGACCUGGAUUUGGAAAGACGACUGUGGCUGAAAGAGUGGCUCAUGAAUUAGCAAAAUCAGAGAAGGAAGCAACUGUGUUGUUUUGUAGUUUACUAACGAAGAAAAAUUUCAAAGAAGUGGCCGAAGAAAUAAUUAACUCGUGUGGUACAAUCAGCAGGCAAGUACCAGAGAAUCCGGGACAGUGGCUAAGAGACUGGAGCAAACGAGUUCGAAACCAGGUCACGUUUGUUCUUGACAAUGCAGAUAGCGUCCUCGAGUCGAGCGAUCGAGAAUCAUUUAUAAGCAUCUUAUCUGACGUAAGAAGGUUAUCGAGGCAAAAGGUAACAUUUGUCGUAACUGCAAGGAAAACAUUUGAGAAUCCUGACUUGCAGUCUUGCGAAGUCAGGUUGGGCCCUUUGUCCGCCGAACAGGCAAGAAAUCUCCUUAUUUCUAGGGUGCAAGUCUAUGAAGAUGCCCCGCAGAACCUUUGCAGGGCAGAAUACAUCGCCAGAAAUCUAUGUGGCUGCGUUCCUAUGGCACUUUACAUUGUUGGAUCCUUGCUAUCAGACUAUUCUGAAGAAACACUCAUAGAGAGCCUCGAAAAGGAACAAUUAGCGGUUUUAGAGGACGACCAAGGAUAUGUUGAAAAGGCCAUAAAGACUUCCUUUGACCUUUUGACGAAACUCGAACAAGAAGCUUUCAUUCUCCUAUCUUUGUUCCAAGGUUCAUUUGAUCUAGAUGCAGUCCAAGCUGUGACGCAGGCGGAAUGUUCGAUCUCGAGCUCCGGCGCUUUACCUAUCACCAUCCUGCGCUCCUUAAAAAACAGAUCUCUUGUGGAGAAGCUCUAUUCGCGCAGAUAUCAGAUGCAUCCGCUCAUUCAGUCAUACGCAAAGAAGAUGGGUCGAGAUAAGUAUGACAAACUUUUGGCAAUGGGCGAAAAACUGGCUUGUGUACACUUCAUGUCGCGCCUCGCGAAGAAUGCUAAUACUUACUGGAGUAAGGACACAUGCAAGGAUUCCCUUGCAUCAUUUAAAGAAGACAAGUACAAUUUCGAACAUUUUCUUCAAAUUUACGCUCGAGGUAGGGAAGAACAAGAUACAAAGAUCGUGAACGGCUGUGAACUCCUUUUGGACAGUUUCCCUCAGAAAUGCAUGUAUUUGGAAAGAUGUCUUCAUCCAAGGUUCUACACUGAGCUCCUUGAAAGAUUAUUGAAAACUUUUGACUCUGGAAUCCAACCAGUGUGUGUAGUAGAUCUUUUGUGUCUUCUUGGUCAUGAAUACAGGAAAAAAGGAGAACAAGAGAAGUACAAAGAGGUCAUGGAUAAAGCGCAACAAAUUCGUUUGGUGAGUGAUGCUGCAUUUGCGAUGAAACCGUUAUCAGAAGUCUAUUUUCACAACAGCAAUGCUCGCUUCCUUUCUGAUAAAAAAGAUGUUAGAGUGAACAGACGGACUGAAAAGGAGGCUGCACUAGCUGUGAAAAUAUCCAGUGAACUGCUUCAUGAUCACCCGGAAAGAGCAGCUACUCUCCUCCUUUCAGGAAAUAUUACAAAGCGCAGUAAGCAGUUCGAUGCAGCCAAAGAAAUGCUCGAAGAAGCGUUGGAACUCUUUCAAAAGAGCCUUGGGCAACAUUUUAUGACUGCUGAAACCCUGAAGGCCACUGGAGACCUUUACUUCUUUCUUGAUGGAAAGUCCGAAGUCGACUUUGAAUUCUGCCUUAAGUAUUAUAAAGCUGCUUUGGAAAUGUUCGACGACCUAGGAGUGGGUGAAAGCAAAGAAAGCAUCUUGACGAUAAAGAAUUUUGGAUUGUGUCACAUGAAAAGUGGGAACUUUGACGAGGCAAUGAAUCUACUCUCGAAAGCAGAGCAAAUUGCCGAACGAGAAUUAGAAGAGGAUCACACCUGGAAAGUCUUUAUAAAGACUUCACUGGCCCUCUUGCAUGAGAAGAUGAAUGAAGUUGAGCGGGCGAUAGACGUAAUGCACGAGGGACUGGUGCUGGGCAAGAAAUUGAAUCUAACCAUAUACAGGAUGGGAGAAAGAUAUUUGAUUGGAGAAUUUCUAGACCGGUAUCCAGGGAAGUUCCCCGAGACUGAAUUCCCAAGGAGUGUUGUCAGUCGAACGGGCCAUCGAGUCCAACAGCCCCACUGGAAGAGGAAAGCUGGCUUUGGAAGAGGAUGGAAUCAUUGAGAAAACUAAGGAAAAGAGUUGUUACUGAUGGAGAGAAAUUUAAAUGAUAGCUAUGAAAAACUCGAAAACUACUAAAGUGAAUCUUAGAGAUGCGCAAACUAUGAUGAUAAGGAACCAAUCUUUGAAACGACCGCUGCAAAUCGACUUUAAAAUAAUAGUUUUAUAUUUUACAAGGGAAUAUAACGAUACAACAAGAGAAAAUAGGGAUCUCCUAAAUACAACCAAUUCACUUCCGUGUAGUUUUUUUUUCUCAAAUGUGAAAAUAUAACCAAUUAAACCGUUCUGAAGCGAGAGGCAGAUUACCGACGAUUAGCAAAUAACCAAAUUCUGUCAGCGUGCCUCGCACUAAUUAUUUUAACAAAUAGAUUCCAUUGUGUACAAACCGAAAAGUGACAGAGCGUGUCGCCCAUGUUUUUACCACAUUUAGACAUUAUUUGUGGACUCUUACUUUACAGACUCACGACAGCAUGAUGAAAAAAGGUGUCAAUAUUUUUAUUCACUCUAUUCAGAAUUAUUUUUUCACUUUGUAACUUAGCCGGCCAUAAUUUAUCUUUGGGCUGGAGGGGUAGUUUUAAAAGUGAUUUUAGGAAAUGUAAUUCUCUGAUCAGUACAUAGUGUAGACGUAGGCGAAAAAAAAAUGUCUUUGAGCACAAUCAGUUACUCGCUAUAGAAAUUUGUUUCACUUCGUUCAAAUAGAAAUGUGGCGAAGAUUAUAAGCAUCAACGUGUUAUCACUUUCACAAGCAAUCUGUCAAAGUCACCAGGAUGUUUAAAUGUUUUUUAGGAAGGUAUUAAGCAAUUUUUACAUUCUGUCCGCUUGAUUAUUUUAACAGUCUGGGUAUGUCCUCCUCUUCUCGAAAUUUUGCAAAUUAUUUUUUUUUUCAUACCAAAAUAUACUGAAAAGAAUGAUGUAGUCUUUCCCUUUUGCUUAGAGCUGUUAAAUUUCGAUUGAUUUGUUGAAGAUACAUUUGAAUAAAGUCUAAUAAUGAAAAUGGAUAUCUUUACAAAUCGCUGGUAGCGACGAUAAGUAAAUUAGUGAAUAAAGAUUCUAUCAACGAA